AUGGCAGCGUCUCUCUUAUCUUCUUUUGGUGCAGCAACGCUGCUUGUUCUCACACUUCGCUUCGUAUGCUUUCUACGACCAUAUGCGAGACCAUCGACCUUGAAGCGCUACCUUGGAAACGGAGAGGCUUGGGCGCUGGUGACAGGAGCGUCGGAUGGUAUUGGCUUAGCUUUUGUGCAGGAACUAGCCCAACGGGGUUUCAAUGUUGUGAUUCAUGGCGGUAAUUCGGAAAAAUUGAAAUGGAUCAAAGCUCAGCUCGAACAGCAGUAUCCCUCACGCCAUUUCCAAACGCUCCUUCUCGAUGCAAGGCUGGCAACAACAAAGCAGAUUUUGAAGCUGAAACUUCCGAAGUUGGCCGUUCUCGUCAACAAUAUUGGAGCAGGCACCAGCGAUCAACUGUGGCUCCGAUUUCUAGAUCGAACUGCUGAAGAGGUUGCCGAUGUGGUGACAAUCAAUGCGACCUUUGGGGCGGUCUUGACUCGACAGCUACUGCCAGGACUCUCCCGGCCAGGUCUGAUCAUCAAUGUUGGGUCCGUGGUUGAUUCAUGGCCGAGCGCCUAUCUUGAGCCCUACUGUGGGACAAAAGGAUUCGUUCGAUCGUUCAGCGAAGCUCUCCGGACAGAGAUGAUUGUAGAAGGCCAUGACAUUGAGAUUAUGCAUCUCAGGGUGUUCUCGGUGGCCACGAAAUCCAGUCACGACGCGCCCUCCUUCGUGACAAGCACACCUCGGGCCAUGGCAAUGGCUGGGCUGGAUCGGGUCGGUUGUGGCGCUGCGAGUACGGCAGGACUUCUCCGACAUGGUAUUAUCAUUUGGUUGAUCGAGCUUAUGCCACGACAAAUGCUGGGCGUCAGCUUGAGUGGCCAAGUCAAAUGGAAGAUUGGCAAAGGCUAA